UAGUCUAUGAUCAGCGGUACCGGGCCGGCCAUGCGAGAUUGAAUUGUUUGUUGUUGAUUUUUUGUAUUUCCAUUGUCAAUAAAUAAAUAUACAUAAUGGGUAAAAAGAAGAAUAAAAAUAAAGUUAGUGGUGCUGUGAAAACCGCUGCUAAAACUGACAAGAAACUGGCCAAUAAACUGAAAAAAGAACUCGCUAAUCUGGGUGAGGAGGAUAUAGCCAAAGUGAUAGCUGAAAUCGAACGUGAGGAGGCAAAACGUUCAGCAGCGACAGAAAAACCUUUGCUCGGUCCGCCUACACCCAGAGCAUAUGCUACGUUUACUCCGCAUCCUACUAAAGAUGAACUUAUCAUGUUUGGCGGGGAAUAUCAUAAUGGCCAACAGACAGAAGUGUACAACGAGCUGCUGUUCUACAAUCCCACCAACAACACAUGGAAGCAGCUCAAAGCCCCAGGAGCCCCUCCGCCUCGGAGCGCCCAUCAAGCUGUCGCAACACCUGCUAAUAAAGGGGAGCUAUGGAUUUUUGGUGGAGAAUUCACCAGCCCAAGUGAGACACAGUUUCACCACUACAAAGAUUUAUGGUGUUUCUCUCUGGCUGACAAGAAAUGGGAGAAGGUAGUAGCAAAAGACGGUCCGUCUCCGCGUUCGGGGCACCGGAUGGCGUUAGUGGGGCGGAGGCUCAUAGUGUUUGGGGGGUACGCGGACGACGGGAGGGAGUGCCGCUACUUCGACGACUUGUACGCGUUCUGUCUGGACACGCGGUCGUGGAGUAAAGUGGUCGUGUCUGGUAGGGGGCCCAGCGCUAGGUCAGCUUGUGUCCUCUUUCCGGUUGGGAGCGAUGGGAUAUUGGUCUACGGCGGUUUCUCUCGCGUCCGUGAAGGGAGAACCGAGCGCACGAACACACACACAGACCUGUUCAAGCUGAGCGGGCGGUCGAGCGGGGCGCUGGCGUGGCGCAGCCUGUGCGGAGGCGUGCGGGCGCCCGCGGCCCGCGCGGGGCAGGCUGCAGCCUCCGCACACGGGAGGGGGUACGUCUUCGGGGGCGUUAGUGAUGUAGAAGAGACAGAGGAAGAAUUGAGAGGCGAGAUGAGUGACGAACUCCUCAUGUUAGACCUGGAGACUGGCAAAUGGCACAGCGUGACUUUGAAAGGAGAUAAAGUUGCUACAGAUAGUGCAAUAGCGAGUGGAGUGCAGGAGAGUGAGGAGAAGAAAGAAGAAGCUGUUACAGUGGUAACAGAUGAAGUGUUUACAAUGAAGUUGGGUUCGGCGCCCGCCGCCGCGGCACGUCCCGCCGAGCGCACGGCCGGGACAGAGCCUCGGCGCGGACCAACGCCCAGGAUGUCCGCUAUGAUGGCGAUUCAAAAGUCGACAUUGUAUUUGUAUGGGGGAGUGUUGGAAAAAGAGGACAAGCAGUUUUAUCUUAGUGAUAUGUAUAGUUUAGAUCUGCAUAAGUUAACGGAAUGGAAGACGUUAAUCGAGCAGCCGCCGCUGCCGACCUGGCUCGGAUCCGAUUCGGAAUGCGAUUCCGAAUCCGGAUCUGAAACUGAUGAUUCUGAAUCAGACGACGAUUGAACGUUGGACUGCGUAAAAUGUAUGUUUGUAAAUAAAAUGAUAAGUAUUUUUGUUGUUAUUUAAUACUAGCUUCGCUCCCGUGGGAAUGUCGGGAUGAAAAGUACCCUAUGUGUUAUUCCAGGUUAUUUUCUAUCCGUGUACCAAAUUUUAUAACAAUCGGUCCAGUAGAUAAUGCGUGAAGAACAUAACAAACAAACAAAGUUACUUUCACAUUUAUAAUAUCAGCUGAGACCAGCUUGUACUAGUACAACUAAAAUCACUUUAUUAUUUAAUUGUAUUAAGAGAUAUUGGACCUAAGUGGAACCUACAGUUCGGUUUUUGUAUUGUUAGUUCCACCAACAAUAUAAAUAUUGAUAUGUGUUAUUUUUCA